UUAUAAUAAUUAAAGCAAAAAAAAAAAACAAUAAUUUAAUGGAAACAAAUGCCAAUUGGAAUCCUUCAAUUUUUCACUUUCAGCCGAUGAUGAUGGCAACGGUGAUGACAUAUUCCCCGAAAACAUAAGGCUUGAAUUACAAAAUGUCAUACAACAAUUGCGCACAAUAAGCACUAUACAAUCCGGUCAGGAAGUCCUAAAAGUUAAGGAAAUUUUACAACAACUGUGGAUGAAGGAUUGCCUACCAGGUUUUAUUACAGCCGAAAAAAUCUGUAAUUUGGAUAAGGACAAAGUGCCUUGGCAUUCAAUAGCUACUCAUGAAUAUGCAGAUCUAUUGCAAGCUGUGCUCCAAUUAUUAACCACUGAAUGGCCAGGGCAAGUGUUGGACAUGCAGGAAAUGUUUAUUUUCAAUAUAUUCAAAAUCGAUUACAAUUUCGAUUUUAUUAUGGAAACCUGGUCGUGUUUAAUGAACAAAUUACCCCAAUCACCCCAAAGCAUAAUGACAAUCUUCGAAUUUCUCUUGGAGGAUGACAAUUUUUUAUCGAUAACAUUUUUGCAAAUAUGCAAGGAAAAGUCGCGUUUAUUGCAACAAUUUAAAGCAACUCUAAACACUUUACCCGAACCAGAAUUAGAACAGUUUAACAUAAAAGUCAAGGAAUUUAUGCAGUUUCUAAUAUCUUUACCAAACCGCUUAGCUAAUGCUGUAUUGGGUAAAGUUACUGAUUUCUUUAAGACCAACUAUUAUGCCAAAACUGUAAUGCAACAUAUACUCAAAACCCUGUGGUUUUUGAUACACUGUGAUGACCAGGAACAAAAAUAUUUCGAUUUGAAAUUUCUCUCAGAUAUAUUAAGCCGUUUAGUUGUAGACUUUUGCAGCAAUACAGAACAAGAUUCAGAUCUUUUUAAAUUUUUAGAAAUUUUACAAGAAUUAUGUCACUACUCCACUCCCCGAAAUCGUGUACAAGAAAUAUUUUAUUUAAUGGAUGAUAAUAAUACCUCUAUUUACCGUCUGGCCCUAUGUAUGGUUAAAGGCUCUCUAGAUGUUCAUAAACUCUUGGGGAAUUGUGUUAAAAACAAUGAACUUUGGCAAUUUUGCUUCCUGCACAAAUUAUCUAUGCUAAGAAUACCUGGUCAAGAACCAGCUUUAAUUGCUUUAGUACGCUACAUAUCCUUAGUAGAUGCUACCUUGUUAAAACAACUUUUUGAGAAUCUGCUAAAUAUUUGGUCCAAACGUAUAUGUUUGCAGAAAUUAUCCCAAAACGAGCACUUAAAUCUAUCAAAACUUUUAAUAAUAACGGCAAAAUAUUAUUAUUUGGAUGAUAAAAAUAAUACCACAGAGAAUGAUGAUUUUAAACGUUUAUUACACCAGGGUCUGCGCCAUCAUUUGGAAUGUUCAGAUUCUCUGCAACGUCAUAUUGGCAUGAAAACUGUAGAACUGAUAUUUAAUUUUAUUGCGGGACCAAAUGCCCAAGAAAUGGAACAAUUGAAAUUUGAUUAUAGCGGCAUUUUAGAAACUCUCAAAGGAAUCACACUAACACAAAUUGAUAAGUUGGCUAAAACCAUAGAAUUGACAAAGGAUAUGUCUAAAAAUAGAGAUCUCAAAGACUUAGAAUCAUUAUUGGAAACUUUUAUGAGCCAAAAACCCAGUGAAGAUGUAAUUACAAACUCUAAUAAGAGCUUACUUCCGAAAAAGUUUAUCAAGGACUUGGAUAAUUUUGAAAUAACACCUCCUCCCUCAAAAUCUCCCAAAAUGGAUUUAGAUUCAGAUGACGAUGAUGAUUUAAAGCCCUACGAUAUGUCAAAUGAUACAGAACAAAUUUUGGAUAAAAGUCCCAAAUUUCUACUAGACUUGUUGACUACACUCUCAACAAAAUGUGAAAAUUAUGAAUAUUUUGAGGGAGCAUUAUCAACAGCUGAAAACCUAAUACGCUCACAAUUGCCCAAAUCGGAUUCACGUUUGGCGGUAGAUUUAAUGCAAUUGUUUCUAUCGCUGGAUAUGCAGUUUUAUUUUGAAAACUUUGAUGAAACCAAAUUUAAAUGUUGUGUUGCUAUCUGUGCUACUUAUCCCGCAGAAUGUGCCGAAUAUAUAUGCCGGCAAUUUCACACAGACAAUUCUUGCUACAAUGCCAAUGUGCGCAUUUUAAUGUUACAGAUUUUAGCGGCAGUCGUAAAGGAAUUAACAGGAGCAGUAGAAAUGGAGCCUUCCACAGAAGAUUCUAUUGCUGCCGUUAGCAGUCAUACACACUUGCGUAAAUUCCAGUUUGACAAUGAACAACAAAAACGUUUAGCUAUAGCCCAACAAACUAUACGCUUAAGAUUGCGUGAUAAAACUAAAAGAUAUUUUACCAAAAGUAAAACAUCCCACAGUUCCAAACCAAAUCGCUUUCACCCAGUAGUGGGUACGUUUUUCUUUUCUCUCGUCCGAGGUGAGCGCACCAAACAAAUGUUGUAUGUUAAAUAUGAUCGCAUAGCUCAUGAUAUUGAUACAAUGCUGCUGGUGAAUUUCCUGCACACACUUUCCAUUAUCGUUAUGGGAGCACAAAAUUGUCCCAUACUUCCAACCAUGGCCAGAGAAAUAUUUGAUUUGUGUGCGUUUGUGCGCUUUAGUUCAGAAUCACGUGUACGUUUGUCAUGCCUAGAACUUUUGGGCAUAACCUUAGUAACUACGCCAGAGUAUGUUUUGAUUGAACAAUUCAAUGACCGUCUAUUGGAGUUGAGAUAUUGGCUGGAAGAUUUCAUUAAAUCACCUUUAGUCGGAGGCGAAUCAUCAGAGGAAUGUCGUGAUCUGGCUUCACAAAUUUUAAACACCUGUUAUAAAAUAAUGAAUCCCGCAAAUAUGGAAGAGUAAAGUGCUUUUAAAUUGUUACGAAAACUUUAUAAAUUGUAAACAUUUUUAUAUUAAAAAUAUUUUUAUCCAAAAUAUUUGAAAUAAAUUUUCAAUUUGUGUAUUUAAAAAAA